AUGUAUUGUUUUAUCUUCUUUGAUAAGCUUCUCAACUACUGUCUUAAAGUACGAUCUAGUGGCUCAAAUGCGUUGUUCAUGUGUGUCCAGUUUGUAUCGCUUUUGUUUAAGGCAGACCCUUCUGGUGCUCUUUCCUUUUGUAUAAUUUUCUCGCUGUUCGUGCUGAGUCUACUUAUUUGCUUUUUAGUAGUCAGAAGAUGGUUCAGCAAAUGUUUGUGUUCGAUUUCCCUUUGCUUUCUCUUGCAGGUGGAUUUCGAAUUCAAAUCAUUACUGCACUCAAAAGUUGCUGGACUGUUUUUUGAUCAGGUCGUAGCCAUGAUGGUGAAUGCGUUUAUGGAACGCGCACGUCGUCUUCACGGUUCCCCAGCAAUUCCUCCACAGAACCCCCAAGUACUGAUGUACAAACGAUGA